AUGUCGUCGCCGAAUAAUACAUCAACAUCGUCCAAGGAGAAUGCCGCUGUCGGAGCUGACGAGAAGCCUCGCCUGACCGAAGAGGAGAAGAAGCAGAAUCAUAUUGCUUCAGAACAAAAGCGCAGGCAGGCCAUUCGCGAAGGCUUCGACCGCCUAACUGAACUUGUUCCCGGUCUGGAAGGCCAAGGCCGCUCCGAGGGUCUUGUGCUGAAGCGCACCGUCGAAUACAUGCGCCAACAAAUGCAAGAACGCCGCGCCCUCAUUGCGCGCAUUGAGCAGUCGGGCGGCCAUGUAGACGACGAGCUCAAGAAGUUGAUUUAA